AGGGUCCCGAAAGUCCCCCACCCCCCGACCCCAUCUCUGAGCUGCCUUCUCUCUGCAGCGUCCCUGGAGCCGGACGAGGUGGAGGAUUUCCUCGCCGAGGUGCUGAACAACGAAUUUGACACCAUCAUUGAGGAUGGCAGCUUGGCUGAGGUGAGCCAGCAGCUCCAGUCGCUCUUCGCCCGCUGCCAGCGUGGCGAGGGGCCGGCCCUGACGGAAGCCAUUGCCCGGCUCACGCGGCGGCAGCAGGAGGUGGGCAGGGCAGCCGCCCAGGCCCGACCGGCGGAGGGGAGCAGCAGCGAGGAGGAGGAAGAGGAGAGGCCAGAGGAGGUGAUGGACUGCAGCAGCCCU